GGCGCGGUCGGUACAGUUGGCAGCCCUGGCGACCUGUAAACACCAGCACCAGCACACUCCCGCACGUCACGAGUUCGGCCCAACCCUUCCCUUCAUCACGUCACGGGGCUGUUUUGACCUCCUGUGAGUGGCCCUGGACAUUUGGUGGACUCAGAUGCCCUACUAGUGGCUCUGAGUGUAAGAAGAUGCAUUGCUGAGUGUCUUCAUCUGUGUAUUCAAAAGCAUAAGGGGUAAGGGGCUAUGAUCCCUUAGAAUUACACCCUCUAGCCACUCUUGUUAUCCCGCGCCGAGCCACCACCAUGCCCAACGAGCAGACACCUCUCUUGACUCGGCAUCCUUCAGCCAUGGAUGCCAGAGAGGGGCGGCGGCAGACCGUGGCAACAGGGGUCAUCCUGGUGGUGCUGACCCUGGAGCGACUCGCCUACUAUGCCCUCGCCACAAACUUCUUCCUCUUCCUUAACAAAGGGCCCUGGGAUGGACCACAGGCUUGGAGCUCCCUUGAGGCCAUGAAUGCUGUCUUUGUGCUUGCUGGUGUGUCCUACAUCUCGGCACUCCUGGGGGGGUACGUCUCUGAUGCCUGGCUGGGGCGGUUCAGGACCAUGGUGUGCGGGUUCUUUCUGUAUAUCACCGGCUACAUCCUGCUCACCCUCAUGGCGGUUGACAAGCUGCCGCGCUUCAUCUGUCCAUCCGCUGGUGUCACAAGCGAGGUUGAUGGUGAUAGUGCCGGCAACAACGCGCCGUGCAAGGCUGCCGUGUACAUCUCCGUCACCAUCGUGGGCCUGGGGGUGGGCACUGUCAAGAGUAACAUUGCUCCCUUUGGUGCUGAGCAGUUGAACACCGCCAAUCCACAUAAGACCCGCAGCUUCUUCAAUUGGUUUUAUUGGUGCAUCAACCUGGGCAGCCUGGUGGGGGUGGGCGUCAUCACCUACAUCCAGCAGGACAGCCCGGGAGUGUGCACCAACGGGUUCUUCUGUGGCUACCUCAUUGCCUCAGUGUGUUUGCUGGUGGCGCUGGUGGUCUUCGUGGCGGUGUUCCCCUGCUACCAGGUGGCCCCACCGGAGGGCAGCGUGCUCGGGAACAUUGCCAAGAUAAUUUGGGAAGCCCUCAUUGCCCAAUUCAGACACUGGAGGUACCCCCACUCUGAGCUAUCCCUCAGUCCCCUGCGUUUGGAGCCGAGGUUCCUUGACCGGGCCAAGAUUCGCUACGGAGGCUCCUUCCACGAGUCUGCCGUGGAUGACGUGCGAUCCCUAUGGCGCUUGUUUGCUGUCUUCACCGCCCUCAUCCCGUACUGGCUCGUCUACUUCCAGAUGGAGACCAGUUUCCAGGCACAGGGACUCCACAUGCGAUUCUCAGUUCAAGAGGGAGACCCCAGCACCAACAGCAGCCUUGAUGAAAGCCCAUUUGGGAUUGAUGGCAAAAGAUUCAGUGUACCAGCUGCCUGGCUCACCCUGUUCAACCAGGUGUUCCUCAUUGGAGCCAUCCCUCUGCUCACCACAUUCCUCUACCCAGUCAUGGACAGGGCUGGCAUCAGGCUGUCCAUGCUCUUCAGGAUAGGCAUCGGCAUGGUGUUCAGCAUCCUGGCGGUGAUGGUGGCCGGUGGGCUGGAGUCUUAUCGCAUCUUCCUGUGGAGAUCAGACAACUCCUCCCACAUCGAGCAGAUCGUGGGCAACGUCACCUACCACGCAGUGAACAUCUCAAUAUUCUGGCAGGUGCCGCAGUAUGUGUUGGUUGGCGCUGCUGAACUCUUUGCUAGUAUUGCAGGGCUGGAGUUUGCCUACUCUGCUGCACCACGAACCUUCCAGGGGAUGAUAAUGGGUCUGUUCUACACACUGGAGGGCGUGGGCUCACUCCUGGGCACGGCAUUGCUUCACCUGGUGUCCCCAUUCUGGCUCGCCAACACGACGGACUAUGGUAACAUUAACGACAACCACCUGGACUUCUACCUCUACUUCCUCGGGGUGCUGCAGUUCACCACCUUCCUGGCCUACUGUGGCUCAUUGUACAUGCAGAGAUUCUCCCUCCGCCCCAUUGCCAUGCCCCACCGCAGGUCUCGAGUAAGCAGGAGAGUUCCAAGACAGGGGUUGUUAAGGGAGGAAGAGGAGGCAGAUGAGGAGGAACCAGAGGAGGAAGAGGAGGAAGAUGUGGAUGAGGAGGAAGAGGAGAAUGGGAGAUUGCCGACAGAGAGGCACCAUCUCGUGUUGUGAGUCUCCACAGAUUAUUUUUUCUCAGUACUGUAAAUAAUAGUAUAUAUAUAUAUAUUGAUUUUCUCUCUCUUCUCGCUCUCUCUCCUCUCCUCUCCUCUCUCCUUUCCUCUCUUCUCUUUCUCCCCCCAAAACUGCUUCCAAGUGCAUCUCUCUCCCCUCCCCUGUAAAUGGAAGGGUUAUUAAUGGUCGCUUUAUAUUCUAAUGUUUAUAAUUCCCGUGUAUUAUUGGUGGCGCACUAUGCUUAAGCUAACUGCAUUUACGCACUCACAAUUCUGAAUUUCCGUGAUGCGUUGGUGCGAUGUAUAUUUGUAGACGUCACAUCCAUUUCUGAAAUCCAUAGUUAACAUGAGUGACGGAGAACCCACUGCAGGCUUUGUGUUCAUGUGUUGUUUAAGGGCCCAUUUACACUGUGUCGACUCUGGGCCACAACAACCCAGCGACUUUGUACACGAGGUCUUGAGUGUGAAAUGUUGAUGUGAAAGGGUCACACAUGGUAGGAAGGAGGUCUAGAAAUGAUCGCUGGAUGCUGAGUCGGCACAGUGUGAAGGAGAGGGAGAGAGAAUGGAGGAAUUAGUGAAGGAGGAGAAGAAAACUGGGAGGGAAAGAGAGGGAGAGGGAAAAAAAGGUAGAUAGAGUAUGGAGGAAGGAAGGGAGGAAAGAAACAAGAGUAAAAGAAAGAAAUUUAGGAAGAAAGGGAAAGAGAGGAGGAGGAGGAGGAAUUAGUGAAGGAAGAGGAGAAAACUGUGGGAGGGAAAGAGAGGAAGAGAGAAAAAAAGGAAGAUAGAGUAUGGAGGAAGGAAGGGAGGAAAGAAAUGAAAGUAAAAGAAAGUAAGAAAUUUAGGAGGAAAGGGAAAGAGAGAGAAAAAGUUGCUGGGUUGUCGUGGCCCAGCAUCAGCAAAGUGUGAACGUGGCCUAAGACUUCAUUAUUUGCACCUGUGUUCAUAUAGUUAGGUGUUUUGUUGUGUUUUAAUGUUGUUUUUUUGAGUUGUGAAACAAAUUCUAGGUAAGUCAGGUUUUAAAUUAAACACUAUUUUUUUUAACACAAUUUAACAGUAUGUAUUUCUUUGUCAGGCAUUCCAGCAAGCUAAUGGUUAUAAUUCACAGUAAGAUUAUUUACAUCCUCUGCAGUUGUGUGCAAAGUGGCAUCAAAGAAGUAAUUAUGAUAAUGUUCUGUCUUUUUUUUGUAUUGAAACAUCAUUAUCAUAAUCAUUAUAACCCUCAUGUUCAUCCUUAUCACCUGUGUCAUCAUCAUCAUCAUCAUCAUCAUCUCAUUUUCAAACAGUAGAAGAGUGGAAUAACAGAUUUAAGGAACAAGGAAACAGGUACAGGCAGAGAAGAAAUUAUCAUCAUGUAAAUGGGCCAAAUCCCUCUCCCAUACUCUCUCACACACACACACACACACACACACACACACACACACACAUCCAUGAAGUGACAGCAACUUUAGACUAAACAGAUAUGGAGACAGAACAACACAAGCUUUCCUCAAAUCCUGUACAAGAAAUUCCAGCUUUUCAAGAGGGUUGUGUUCCAAAGAAAGUGAUUAAAUAGAAUAACUGUCAAAUAAUGAAUUCGUAAGAGUACUAUAUGUAAAUUAGAGCAGGGUCAGUUUCAUGACCACCUCCUUGAACCAAGAAAUAUUCAAUAAAAAUCUAAAAAUACAAACAUUUUUAUAUUUCACAUCUUGAAAAGGAAUGUUCAUAAUGUAUUCUAUUUGAAAAAAAUAAUGAGGAAACAAUCCGCAGAGUGAGUGCAUGCAUGUGAAGCAGAAAUGUCUUCUCUACCGGCUGGUGGGCGGGCGGAUGUCUGGCACACAGUUUAAAAUUCAAUAUCUGGCUCAGAAUUUGAAGUCAGUGUUGAAAUUGCAGAGAUUGCUUGUCAAAAGAACAAAAAAGUGCUGGUGUUUUGAACUUCUGAAAGGGUGAAACAUCAAGUAAUGAUUGGUUGAAUGAAGGGGAGUUCAUGUUUGCCAAAACUAAGUAAAUACAAGUAGUAGGUAAACACACACACACACACACACAUGGACACACAUACACACACAUGCACAGGGCUGGGCAGGUACUGUCAGUUUUGGUAUCGUGAUUACCAGUACCUGAAGGCUCUGCCCUGGUAGCAAUAGUACCGGCACAGAGAAGUCAGAAGCUUGGACUUGUACCUAUUCUUGCCUUUUUUUAGUGAGUUUUCCCACGGUACUUGUUCACAUGCUGCUCAUCUUUUUUCAUCUAUGUUAAUAUACACUUUUAUGAUAUGUUUUGACACACUUAACCCGUCCGCUGCGAUUGGCAUGGAUUUAGUUUUCACUGAUAGCCUGGUAACAUAUACUCCCAGGUCUUUCUCUGCAUCUUUGGUGGAUAGUGGAGUGUUUCCCAUGUGGUACUGGUAUGCUGGAUAUUCCCUCCUAAGGUGCGCGACUACAUUUUUCUUCAUUGAAUUGUAGCAGCCACUUUUUGUUCCAUUUCUGUUGCUUGGUGAUGUCUUCUUGUAGGAAAUCCUCAGUCAAGGGGUUAACAGAGCAGCCACUGGGUGACCAGAUGUUAGGUAAAGUGACUGGUCUGACGAAAAAAUAAAUUAUAACUUUUAGAAUUUUAUAGUUAGUCAGCUAAAGCAUGUAUUGCCACUUUUUGUUGUGUGUCUGGCAGUGCUUCCGAACUAAUGAAGUAUCACAAGAAUUACAUUAAAUCUAUAUUGAUGCUCAUUACGUAAGUGUGUGAAUCUUCAUGGUGUUGGGGAGCGGGGUUUUUGUUUCUCAUAGGUCAGUUUUGGUUCCUCAUUAUCUGCUCUAAAGAAUCAUCAAGGAUUGUCUUUUCCCAUAUUACCUCUGCUCUGUGGCUUUGUAGGUGAAGUCCUGACCGAGAGGCUGAGAGUUUGAUUCGAGCUCACAGCAGUUUCAUGGUGAGUGAGGUAGAGCUCUCUUGUAACCGUGAUAAAGCCGUGUGGUCUUAGCUACCUAACUCGCAGGGUUUUAAUCACAAUAUUUAUAUUUACCUCUAUCUAUCUAUUUCUCAGUCAGUUUUUCUACUUUGGGUGAGUGUGUAUGUGUACAUGUGCAUAUAUUUGUAUCCAUAUUCAUCUAGCACUACAGUUUUGGUGGGUUCAGGAUAGCCAAAGAGCCCUGCUUUAUUUUGUGACUGCUCCACAACAGUUCAGGUGAAAGUUGUACCUCAAGCUGCCCCUCCUGUAGCAUUGGAUUUUUUGGUAUAAUGGAACGAGUAAGCAGUAGUUCCCAGAGCCCGCCACUAGCAUGUUGCCAUAUUAGCAUGAGGGAAGGUGUGGUCUCAUUGUACACACAUUAUUUAGGUUGUAUAGCACUGACAUCUGCAAUUCCUUUUCUGCUGAUGGUUCUUGCAAUGACAGAAAAUGAGAUUAGCAAGUAGCAAAAAGUGUUUUUCUUAUUUGCUUAAAUCUAGACCAGCUCAAAUUAUAAAUGAAAGGUCAAAUAUCUCUGCAUUUUAAUAGUGUAUUUAGUUUGUCUCAACUCAAACAGUCGUCUUCUUGUCGUACUUCAGCAUGAUGGCCUCUUAGCACACAGGAAUAAGAGAACAUGUUUAGACCUGUUGUGUUAUAGAUAAUGUCAGGAAGGGAGGAAAACCUGUAUAGCUUUUUUAAUAAUUAGGCUGUUAAUGUGCCUUGUGUGUAUGUGCAUAUAUAUAUAUAUAUAUAUAUAUAUAUAUAUAUAUAUAUAUAUAUAUAUAUAUAUAUAUAUAUAUAUAUAUAUAUAUAUAUAUAUAUAUAUAUAUAUAUAUAUAUAUAUAUAUAUAUAUAUAUAUAUAUAUACAUAUAUAUAUAUUCAUUUAUGUAGGAAAUAGGCUUUUUAAUAAAAGUUAUUGAAACAUUAAUCUAGCAGCUUAAUGUUAAUUAACAUUUCACUGAACAUAUUGUACAAAGUUUAUUAAAUAAUCACACCAUAAAAGGGCCGUGCUCUGUUCUAUACAGUAAUUAAGGGUAGGGUCAGGCAGCCUUAGUAAUAAGAUCUGGCAAAGUUGUAUGGUGUAAGUUUUAAGCAAAGAGGCUAUUGAUCAUUUCAUGACUCUCAGCAUGGGUUCACGAAGGGUAGGACAUGCUUCACCAGUCUUUUGUCCUUUUAUUAUAAAGUAAUAGUGGCAGUCAACAGAUGAAAACUAUGUGAUAUAUCUAGAUUUUAGUAUAGCACAUGAAGAGUUCCUUAUCAUCGGCUGUUUCUAAAAUCAAACGCUCAUGGAAUAGGUGGGCGUUGUUGGCUUGUGGUUUAGCUGUAGGAAACAAAGUGCAAAUCAGAAUUAACAAACCUGACUGGGGCUGUGUGAUGAGUGGGGUCCUGCAAGUUUCUGCAUUAAUUCCACUGCUGUUUAUCAUAAAGGAUUUUUUCCAUGAUUUUAACUUCCUAUUAUUUUGAAACUUUAUCUACACCAAGGCAACUUUACUUGAUAUUUAUGUCUUGUCUCAGGCUUUUAAAACAUCAGUAUUGGUGACAAGUGAUUCAGUUUUGUCAACUGUAUAAGAAAGCAUAAUCAUUUUCAAUGGAUUUUAGUGUUCAAUCAACCAGUGAAUCUCAUUACAUUGAUGGCAUUUAUAAUCACUUAAGUGUGCAUGUUUGUGUGGAUGCUUAUGACAUAGAUAAAAAUUGUUUUCAUGUAAUAAUAAAAUUACUCAUGCAA